AUGGCGGACUCUGAAUUGCCCACUCGCCCCAAGCCCGAGGAGACCCCCGCGGCUGAGGCUGCUGCGGAGGGUGAAGAGCCCGGCAAGCUCAGCAAGAGCGCCUUGAAGAAGCUUGCGAAGGAGAAGGCCAAGGCCGAAAAGGCCGCCCAGCGUGCAGCCCAGGAACAGGCUCAGGCGGCCGCCGCAGAAGCCAACGACACAGCGAAGCAUCUAUAUGGCCCGAUCCCCGAAUCCGAAGACGUCCUCCCAAGCACCCGCCUCGCCGAAAUCACCGACGCGCACUACGAACAGGAGAUCACAGUUGUUGCCCGUGUGGACAAUGCCCGUGUUCAGAGCGCAAAGCUGGCUUUCCUGAUGCUCAGGCAGCAGGGUCUGAAGUUGCAGGCUGUCAUUGCCGCGGCAGAGCCUAUCUCGCGCCAGAUGGUCAAGUACACAGGCGGUCUCAAUGUCAACUCCAUUGUCCAGGUUACCGGUAUCGUGAAGAAGCCCGGUGUUCCCAUCGCCUCAGCGACCCUGAGCGAACAUGAAAUUCACAUCCGCAAGGUUUACACCAUCACCGAGGCGGCUCAACAACUUCCCAUGCAGGUCAAGGACGCGGAGAGGCCGCCACCAGAGACCACCGACGAGGGUUUCCAGGUUGACGAGUCCGGUGCGCCCAUUGUUACCCUCAAGACCCGUCUUGACAACCGUGUAUUGGACCUCCAGACUGCGACCAGCCAGGCCAUUACCCACAUUUCUAGCGGUGUCGCGCAGUUGUUCGCAGAGUACAUGAUCAAGAGCGGUUCCCGAUGGAUCUCUACGCCGAAGUUGGUGGGUGCUGCUACAGAGGGUGGUAGCGGUGUUUUCGAGGUCAAAUACUUCAAGAGGAACGCGUACCUGGCGCAAAGUCCCCAGCUUUACAAGCAAAUGUGUAUUGCUGGUGAUAUGGAGAAUGUCUUCGAAAUCGCCCCCGUCUUCCGUGCGGAAGAGAGCAACACUCACCGUCACUUGACCGAGUUCACCGGUCUCGAUUUUGAAAAGACUUUCCGCUCUCACUACCACGAGGUCUUGGAAUUCGCCGAGAACCUCUUGGUCUUUAUCCUCACCGAACUCAAGGAGCGAUACAAGGAGCAGAUUUCUAUCGUACAAAAGUCUUACCCCAAAGCAGGCGACUUCAAGCUCCCCAAGGACGGCAAGGCCCUCCGAUUAAACUACAUGGACGGCGUGGCGAUGCUCAAGGAAGCUGGUGUGGACGUCUCAGAACAGGAGCGCUUUGAAAAUGAUUUCACCACCGCCAUGGAGAAGCAGCUGGGUCAGAUCAUUCGCGACAAGUACGACACCGACUUCUACGUUCUGGACAAGUUCCCAAUGGCUGUCCGUCCCUUCUACACCAAAUCCUGCCCACAGGAUCCCCGCUUCUCCAACUCGUAUGACUUUUUCAUGCGUGGUGAGGAGAUCAUGUCUGGAGCCCAGCGUAUCCACGACGUGAAGGAGCUCGAGGCGUCCAUGGUUGCCAAGGGCGUCGACCCUACGCAUGAGGGCUUCGAAGACUACCUGUCCGCUUUCCGUCAGGGAUGCCCUCCUCACGCCGGUGGUGGCCUGGGUUUGAACCGUAUUGUAAUGUUCUUCCUUGGAUUGCCCAACAUCCGAUUGGCGACUCUCUUCCCUCGUGAUCCUCAGCGUCUGCGUCCUUAG